CCACCAAUGAAGUCUUUCUCUGAGAAUGGGAACUGCCAACUGGCAACAACAUCGUCUUCAAGAUUGACACUUUGACAGAACCGAAUAAUCACAACACUCAAAUCGAUUCUUCAUUCCACUGCUUCACUAAUUUAUGGAUUUCUUCAAAUCCAUCUUAUCAGAUGAUCCGGAACCGGACCCUCCACUACCCAAAAAGCCCCAAGAUUCUUCACCGGAACAAUCACCUGAAAAGGAAGUUGACCCGGAUCAGAAUCUUGAAAAACCCAAUUCACGAUCUGAUUCAACCGCCGACGACGGCGGUGAUGGUGGUGUUUGGAGUUUCGGAGGUUUGUUGAAGACAUUAUCAACCCGAUCGGAAUCAGUACUCGAGACAUACCGUCGGGAUCUGCAGGAAUUCGGAUCCGGGUUGAAGAAAGAAACCGAAUUGUUCCGUGAAGUAGCUAGUCGGGCUGUUAAGGAUCUUCCUAACUCGAUCGAGGUCGGAACUACAGUCAGCCACGCAAUUGACGGCGUUAUCAAAUCGACAACUGAGAUUAUAUCACAAGGUAAAGAUACUCUUCUCGCUUCCUCUGAUGCCGAACCCGAAACCCCAGAUGCGAAUCGGACCUUGAAUUCGGGUCGGUACAGUCGGUUUGAAUCUCAAUUGAUGAAUAUUCAAAGUGAUCCGAAUACGUUCUGUAUGGAUCCUGAGGAUUUGGAGGAGUAUAAGAAAUGGAAAUCUGAGUUUGAGUUGAAAGAGAAGAGUAAGGAAGUUGAGAUUUUGAUUGAAGAAAAUGGAUCUUUGGAAGGUAUAUACAAAAGGGUUGUGCCUAAUGAAGUUGAUAAUGAGACAUUUUGGUGUCGAUAUUUUUAUAAAGUGUAUAAGCUUAAGCAACAAGAGAGUGUAAGAGCUAAUCUUGUGAAGAGAGCAAUAUCUAUAGAUGAUGAAGAAGAAUUGUCUUGGGAUGUCGAUGAUGAAGACGAUAAUGAACAAGAGAGCAUUGCCAAAUCGAAAGUCGAUGAGAAGGGAAAAGAGGGUUCUGUUGUUGAAAGCUCUGUCAAUGAUGUAAAGAAAGAAUCUGCCACUCAAGAUUCGACCAACGUUGCAAAGGAAGUGCCUGCUAAUAAAAGUGAACCAAGCAAGCAGGAUUCGACCAACGUUGCAAAUGAAGUGCCUACCAAUAAAAGUGAACCAAUCAAGCAAGAUUCGACCAACGUUGAUAAAAGUGAACCAAGCAAGCAGGAUUCAACAAAUGUUGUAAAACAGGCCACUCAUAGUGAUGAAUCACAAACUAUAAGUUCAGCUGCUGUUGAUAGAAAAGAAGAGAAUCAGUCUAAUGUAGAUGGUGGUGGCAAGAGCAAGGUCGUAGAAUCAGUUGAAAAUAACAAAGAUAGUAAGAAAGAAGACACUGAAGUUACUCUUCUGGUUAAAAAGGAGGAAGGGGUAGUAAAAGGUUCAGAGGGGAAAACUGAUAAGGAUGGAUCAGGCAAAAAUGGUGAUGUCUCUAUUGCUUCAAGUCAAAAGACUGGGGCCGAUGAGGACGACUUGGAUUGGGAUGAGAUUGAGGACGUUGACGGUAUUGAUGACAAAAAGGCAACUUCUCAUGUUGCAAGCUCCAAUAGAGAUGAUUUGAGGAAGAGACUUAGUGUUGAAGAGGACGAUGAGGAUUUGAGUUGGGAUUGAAGAUGAUGAUGAGCCUGUGAAAGCUUUUAGAUUGUGAAUCAAGCUUAAGAUAUGCAGAAAGCUGGAUGUCAAAGCAGUCAGCACACAACAGAACUCAAGAACUAAACUUUAAAGCUUGAAACCUAGUAAAGUAAGAUAAUGUUUAUUGCCUCAGGCAGUUUGUUUAAUUGUGCUUCAUGAUUUUCAUUCUUUUUAUUGAACUUUUAGUUUAAUA